AUGUUUGAGAUCAAUAUUUUACUCUGCAAGUGGAUUAUCAUUGUGACAACUCUCCUAUGGACCUGUAAACUUUUAAUAAGAAGUAUUUUUGGCGUAAAUAUAACAUGGAUUAAUCUUUUUAAGCUACAGAUUUGCGGUGUGUCCCUUGAAGAUGGCUCAGUAAAGCUAAAAUCUAUUCGAUUUGCCUUUUAUGAGGGAAAGUUAUUUAUCAAGGGUCUGCAGAUUGACUUUAGCAAGUAUAAGCUUCGCAGAAAAUCUUCGAAAAAUGAACUAAGAAAACCUCCAAAAGCUUCCAAAAGCAUUGGCAGCUUCUUCACUUCUAAGAUUUUUUCAUUUUCGCAAUGCUGGCUCAAUGGGAUCACCAUCGUAAUGGAAGAUACAAGAUUAAUUAAUAACGAUAUCACAAUUGAAAAAUUUGGCUUUUUUUUUUCAAUCGACAAGUCUAAAAAAAAUAAGUCACUGCGAUUCGAUUCCUUUUUAAGAAAACUACUCUGGAAUGAUCAAGUUAUUGUUGCUGAUGCUAUUUUCAUUGUAACUACAAAUUUAUCAAUUGGCGAUAUAUUAAAUCCUUUGAAGGAUGACCUUCGAGUUGGUCUGGACUUGAAGGUAGGAGAUUUGAAGGUGCCCAUGAACUUAGUAAAUCUACUCAUGAAUAAGGAAAACGUUGAUUUAAUGUCCAACGAGAAACUUUUGCAAAACUUAAAGAAUACUGUAAGGGCUAAUCAUGAACUAAAGAUUGAAGAGAUUACUAAAAUGAAAAAUGCUCUCAUGCAUACAAUGGGGAACUUUGUCGACCAGAUCAGGCCUCUGAAAGAAUUGAAUAUUACCGUCGAUAAACUUCAAAUAAAGGACUUACCCCUUACUAGUCAUCCGGAAUUAAUCGGGAUGAACAAAUACAUCAGCUACAAUAUUUUUAUUUCCAAUAUAAAUUUCAAUUCCAUUAGGUUCAGAAACGAUAUGCCAGGGUAUACGUUAAUUUUCGAGGAGCAGGAUUCUCCAUUCAAAUUUAGUAUCGUAAUGGCAAGAUUCAAUAUAUAUGUAAAUCUGAAUCGAAAGCAUCAAAAUAAUACCAAGCAGCUGAAAAUAAUCGAAAUUCCAAAUGUUUCGGUUUUUGGUGAAACUAACUUAUUUUCUCAAAAAUUUUUCUAUUCUAAUGAUUUACAGCCCCAGCAGCUGGAAAACGCUAUUUUCAACGUUAAGGGAAAUAUUUCUUCGUUGACUAUCGAUAUGGAUCCGUUAAAUAUUUCGUUUAUCAAAUGCUUUCUGUCAAAUAUCAAAGUAUUCACAUCCUCCUGUCCUAAGAACAAGAUUUUAAAGGAAAAUUCCCACAUAAAAUUAUUGAAAAGGCGGAGAAUUUUGUUUGAGUAUUUCAAGAGCUUCCUACCCUUAAUUAAUAUGAAGUUUACCCUGGAUGAUCCCAAAUUUGUUAUUAAUAAUGAGGAUGAUCUAAUCAUAAGUAAGUUCUCCGUAUUUAUGAUAAGCCAUCACUCUAAAAGAUAUACAUUAGGCAACGAUCUUAUGGGAGAGAAACAGCAAACACAACAGAUUUUCUAUGAAAGUCUUUGGAAUAUUGAACUACUAGAUAUGAAAUUACAACACAUUAUAAAACAUCAAAAAUACGAGCAUACAAUAUUGAGAGUAGACAGUAUUGCUAUAGAGAAAAAUAUUCGACUUUUGCCGGAUAUUUUAUGUUCCGCGGAUGCUGAUAUCGACACAUUAAUGCUGGACUUAUCUGAAUUACCGACAAUGGUUAUGUUGAGUGAAUUAGUACAUAAUUUGGAUGAUCAGCUAACCAACGUUGAAGAAAAUUAUUUCAAAGAGUUUUAUGAAAAGUUUGCCUCUAAUCUGCAAAAUAUGAAAACGGAAUGCUCUAAUAUGGCUAAAUGUCUGAGACAAAAGGAUAUUUUACUCAGCGAUUUUGUGUUUCAGCAAUUACCCGAUUUCUUCGAUUAUAUCAAAGUCAAUAUUAGGGAUAUAUCGUCCACUUUAGGUGCAAGAUCUGUUUUUAUGCCGAGAGAAGUUUUCUCUUCAGUUGAUUCCCAGAGUUCAAAGGAUUUGAUUGGUGGUAAGCUAAGAAAAUAUUGCAACACAAUCGAGAAAUUUCAAAUCGCCUUUUUUGGCGAUAAAACACAAUGGCAUAAUAAAAUUGGAUCAAAUCAUGCCAAUAUGGUCAAAUCCGGUCAGCUCACGAGCUUCACAAAUAACAAUACACAAAGUUUUGACCACAAAUCCAGCAUCGCUGAUUUAGAUGAUAUAUCAACUAGCGAUGCAACGGAAGUAAAUCAUUUUUGGAAUAUAAACUUAUUAAUAAAUGAUAUAACUACAUCGAUAAUUGGGGAGACACCUGAAUUAAGUGAAGAACUUUCUAAGAAGACAGUUUCGAAAGUUUCCAAUUUAGUCAUCAAGCUCUAUCCAGAUUCAGACUCUUUCAGUGGCAUUGAAAAAGACUCGAAGAUAAUUUUACAAAUAAAUCAUUCAAGAGGAACGUCGGUGGUAUCACUAAUGAGCAUUUUUUUGGCUGUCUCUGGAAUACAUACUCUAAACCAAAUAUUUGGACGUUGUAUGAGCCAAAAAAUGCAUCAGUCUAAAACCAAGCAAUAUUUCAUUGCGUUAUCUGAAUCAAAGAAAAAAUCGUGCCUGAAAAGUAUAAAGUGGAGCCAGUUGAAGGAGUUGAUCGAAAUAAAUUUCUCUUCAGAAUAUAUGAGUCAAAUAGUUGCGCUGCCUAAUGGUCUCAGGACAAAGUUUGAACCAACUUCCACAUUUGCCACCUUAAAAAACUGCAACGAAAUCUCAAUUUCAGGUCAAUAUUUCAGGAUGAUGGUGGAGUCUCCAACAAAGCCAAAUUUUUGGGAGCGCAUGGCCUGUAUUGACAGGUUCAAAGUGAUCAUACAAAUUGAUUUGAUGAAACAACAAAUGGAAAAGUUAGAUUCUUUGCAGGAUUGGGAAGAAUUAAAAUCCGCCAUAACACUAGAAAAUGAAUCAUGGCACUUUUCUAUCCCACAUCAAUUCGAAAUGUUCAAAAUAAUAGAUAGUAUUCCGACCAUCUUUAAAAGUAUCAAACAGAUGUUAUAUUCCCUGAAUACUUCAAAAAAUGAUUUGAUCAUCUUCCCACAUAAAGUGGAAACACCUUUAUCGUUGCCUAAAAUCAAACUAAAGUCCAAAAGGUGGUUAUUUAGUAUUUCUGAUGAUCCACUAGAGGCUGAAUUAAAUACUAUUUUUCAGAUUGGUCUGCAAGAACAAAGAGAAAGGCUUGCAAAACUGCAGGAAUUCAAUAAACGCAUUUCAGAAGAUUUAAUCAAAAAUCAAAAGAAUGUUAAAGAAGUAAAAGAUGAUUUCAAAGCCAUUGAUAAUGUAAUACUAAAACACCGCACAGGAUUGUGGACAAAGAAUGGAAUGGGAGUCUUACGUAAAUCUGCUACAGAUCCUGAAAUUCCUCUCACCCCGAGACCUUUCAAUACUAAUGGAAGAGGCAACUUCAAGGCUGAAAUGCCCCAGUUUAUUUCACCGGAGAUUGAGAAAGCAUAUAAUACUGUACUAGAAAACUUUUCCGACUCUUGGAUCCGAAGGGUAAAAGAGUAUAAGGUUAAAGAGCGCCGUGAGUUUGAAAGAAAUUUUUCUUUCUUGUGGGGAUUUAUUGACUAUAGUAAAUUACCUAAAGAUAUCAACAGAAAAGUUUUGCCUUUUGCGACUAACCCAUUCUUAAUGAACUUAAUUAUUGAGAAUAUUGAUAUCGACAUAAUUAAGCCUUUCUGUGGUAUCAAGAACAUCCCCAACUUCAUCUACAAUGUUGGAAAAGGAGUUCCAAAGGAUACAGAAUAUUCAAUUAUGAUACCUAUGCAUUUGGAUGCGAAGUUUAGCGAAGUAAGAUGGCAUUUGAGAGAUUACCCCCUACCUUUUGUUUGCAUACCCCCAUUAAGCUCCACCCAAAGUAAAGAGACAAUUUCUACAAGGAUUUAUGGUGAUUUCAUGAUAACAGAAGACAUUCUUCAAUCGGAAAAGGAACUAAGAACGUUAUUUGUUCCUUUAAUUCCGUCAGUAACCGUUGAAAACACAGAUAAAUACUACUCUCUCCUUGUCCCAAGAACAAUGACUAGUGCUAAGAUAUUUACGGACCUGAAUUUUGAAAUAAACUCUAAGCAUACCACACGAGUAACUUGGGGUGGUUCUUACCAACCGGCCAUUCAACAAACUAUGCAAUGUUUAGAUAACUUUUCAAAGCCUCCUCUAGACCCCUCUGUCAAACUGGGCUUCUGGGACAAGACAAGAUACCUUUUUCAUGGCAAAAUCAAUAUACUUUGGAAAAGGAGGGGAAAAUUCGAAAUAUCUUUGAAAGGCGCAAAAAGUCCAUACAUGCUUGGCGGCGAGUCAGCUGGGUUCAUAGUUGGAUUUGAUGGUGAUGUUAAUUUGAGGUGUAACGAGGAUAGUGAUCCCAAGAAAUUUUUAUCUUGUAGUGCUGACAAGGUUCAUUUCAGCAUCCCCAAUUAUUUCGCGAGACCAUUGCUAGUAUGGUCCAGACCUAGCACUAAUACAAUGUUCAUCCCAAAUCAAGACGAUACUAAUUUGCAGAGGUACGCUUCGUUUUAUUAUCUAUUGAACAUUACUUCGAGCAAAAAUGAAAAAGCAGACAAGGAAAUUAUGAAAAAAUCAUUCAUCGAAAAAACAGGAAUAAAAUUAUCUGGAGGUAUGACACUAGAUAUGGGUAUUAUUUUUGAACGGCUGGGUCCUAGUUUGAGUGAAAGAACAUUUGAGUCAAAAAAACACUAUUUGACUCGUUUAUGUAAUCCCAUUUAUGUUCGAAACCUCUCAAAACACGACUCCUAUGCCGGAUUUAGAAGUGAUUUCAUUCAUAUGUCUUUCGGCCUAUCGUCUAAUUCAAAUUCUGCCUACAACGCUAUGCAACUAAGUCCCAAUGGAUUUAAGGCGUUUUUCAUCUGGUGGAAAUCCUUCUCUGGAAACUUUCCCGUGAGGAGGGGACCCCUAUUCGGUCUGCAGAGCAUCAGCCCUAAGUUUGGCGAACAUUUAUAUACCAUUUCUUACCAUGCCGACGUCUCGCCUCUAUUUAUCAAUUACAUGUAUCACAAUGCUGAUGCUGACCAAAUUUUACGUAAGAACUACUCGAAGAUUGCGGAAUUUAUUGGUUUAAAGGCAAAGGCUUCUCAUUUUGUCAUGGAUCUACACCAAAGAAAAGAAGUCUUGACAGAAUAUCAAGCUGGGUUGAAUAUCAGAAGAAGAGUUAUGAAAUUAAAGUUUUUGGCCGGUGAUGUUGUAUGCCAGGACGUGGAUGUUCGGACUGCAAGUGGAGAGUUCACCAAAUUGAACUAUAUCGAAGAGAAAGAGGAUGCGGAAUAUGAUAUAUUCGACAAUGAUAUGUCAUGGCUCGAUAUAACCGAUUUUCAGGACGCAUUUUUCAUCAACCCAGAGAAUUAUGUCCCAAGAAUUAAAAUCAUGCCAUUUGGUUUCUCUCCCCAGUUUGCCUAUCAAAAGAGGGCUAGUUAUGCUGAUAAGUAUCAAGUCGACCCUCAAACUUGCAAGCCGAUAACACCAUUCGAUAAUCGUGUAUCACAUAACUGUACGUUAGGGCAUAAUGUAUCUUUACGUGCAGACUUAGUUGAGAAAAGAGUUACAAUUCUGAAAAAUUUUAAAGAGAAACUGGAGAAGAAUAUAGAAGAAAACAGAACCGCUGGUAUGUCAGAUGAAAAUUUGAAGGAUUUACUUUCAAAAGCAAAUUUCAGUGUGAAGAACGCAGAAUUACUACUCGAAGACUUUGAGACAAUAUUUGAGAAACAAGGGUCUGAGCAAACAGAAAAGCCAUUCCAUUUUGAGUCUUUAAAUUUAUUGAAAGCCACCAAAAAGACAAUGAAGCAAUUUGAGAAUAGAUUUUUUAUAUUCAACGUGUUGUUGAAAUGGAAUGAAGAUGCAAGAAGCGCCGUUCUUAAAUUUCUCUACCAUGCUAACUUGACCAGUGAAUUUGCAUCUCUAGCUAGUGGCAGAGGCCUAAGGGAAUUUGAGGACACAAUAAAGCAAAGAGAAAUGACGGAGGAAACGACUAGCUUGGAUGCAAUACCAGAAGGAGAGGACAAUGGAAACAUUGGCAGACAAUUUCAUAGCUGCGAUGACACAGAAUUCACUACCGAAAAUCUUUUGAAGAUGUUCGAAAAGAAUAUCACAGAACUAACCUGUGAUAUAAAAAGUAAGAUACAUCAUAAGUUUUUCGUCCAAUUCAUAACUCCACAAAUUCAGCUCACCUCUCUUGAAAACCCGGAAACGUGUGUUUUAGUUUCAUCACCUUUCUUCAUGUUUAAGACUCUAGAAUUUGACGCAAACACCACCAGUAACACGUACAUGCAGGACAUUUUUCUAAAAAGAUAUGGAAUUUUAUUUGGAAAUGCUAAUGCUUUCUUAUUUAAUAAGAGGGAUUAUGAAGAAUUUUUUGAACUCUACUUUGGAUCGAGCUCCUAUGGCCAACAUAAGGACGAGCAAUGGCCACCAUGGUUGGGUUUGGAACUAGGAUUCGAGCCUUCUGCUUUAGAAAAGAAAGCAGUGGUCAAAAAUAUUUCUGCCUUGCUUCAGCACCAAAAGCUUUCACAAGUUUCCGCUAGAUAUGACUCUUUAAAAGAUAAAAUUGAGGACAAAAUUUGCGGAUACGUUCCUCAAGUUAAUGUUGAGCUGAAUUCUCAGGAGUACCUCAUGCUUACAAAGAUGGUCAUGAAGUUGUUCUUAUAUAUCGAACCCGAAGAUGAAGAAUUGAAGAAAUAUAUUGAGAAACUGAUAAUUGGUUACGAUAUUUAUGAUACAGUUCAAACUAGAAAACUGGUAAAUGAUUUGCACAAUAGCGAGCAAAUUCUUGCCGUGGUUGAGAAGGAGCUAUUAUUUAAAAGAAGCUUGCUGGAUGACGUCGGCAAGCUUGAUUUGUUCAAUCUCCACAACGAGCGCAUGCAUCAAUUAUUAAGGCUGUAUAUUUUAAUGAAAAUUUUCACUUCAAAUGGAAACAAUCACGUUAACCGAACAUUACUGUGGAAUAUUAAAGUUAAUGAAACUCUAUUACAUUUGUUAGAGGAAAACGGAAAACCAUUUUUGGACGUCGCGGUGGCGAAGCUAAACUUUAACAGAGUACAGCACGCAAUGGGACUAAGAAAGAAUACUGUCACCGUUAAGCUGAUGCAAAUAUUUGACCUGAAGGAAAAUAUCAAUUACCAUUGUUUACUGGGACCUUUGACACCCAACGCUGACAAUGCGGUUACGUCGACGAACGAUAUGCCGUUAGUACAGAUAAGCUGGGAUGUCGAUAAACCUGUAGGUGGAAUCAAAAUUAUUAAGAAUGUUGAGACUACGUUGUCGGGCUUGACAGUAAAAUUAGAAGAAGACAGACUGAACAAAAUAUUUGAAUGGUUGUCGUUAAAAGAACUGAUGUCUGAUGAAAACGGAAAUGAUGAUGAUGGAGCUUCCAGUAUUUUUGAUAUGAUAUCAUCUGAAUCAGAAGAAGGAAAAAUCGAGUUUUCAGAGGAUAUUAGUCCUGAUUUCAAUGAAAUGUUAAAGAGGUCAAGCGAUUACAUGAUUGUUGAAGAUUUGAAAUUAAACAGCUUUAAGCUUUGCAUCAGUUAUAAGGGUAGAGGUAAGAUGAGGUUAGCCAAUGUUACUAACUUUGUUUUCAAUUUUCCAACUCUAAGAUUAGCUAACCAAACAUUGAGAGUUACGGAUCUGUUACUUGCCUUAAAGAAAGUAUUGAUAAAGGUUUUGAUAAAACAUACUGGAAGGUUUAUUAGCAAUAAAUUGAGAAGAAAUUCCAAAGCCAAUAAAAUGACCGACGAUACUAAACCAUUGAAGCAACUAACAACUUAUAAGUCUUUCACGGAGCCUGAAGAGCUUCGUUAA